UCCGCUCAGCUCCGUGGGAGAAAACGUGACGUCAGGCGACUUCCGCUUUGUAGAGGUCCGCGGCGUCUUGUGAGGGGGAUAAACACAGGGUUUACCUCUCGGCUUCAUGGAGCUGUACGUGACGGUGAGGAGGCGGUAGACGGGUCCCAGUUAUCCCAAACAUGAGGCGUUUGGACAAGGUUGGUCAUUUCUACAGCCUGAGAUGUGAAAGGUGCAGUUGAUGCAAGUACAUCAGUUCAUUUAUAUUUUCAUACACCAUGCCACAUGGAAGACUGAGUUUUUCCCGUGAUGGGCUGUGGGACAAGCAAAGUGCUUCCCGAACCUCCAAAGAACAUCCAGUUGGAUUUAGUCAAAAAAGUCGAACCAUUCCUAGCCCCAAAGAAUGACCAAUACAAGCAUUUCAUUACAGACCAUGGGCGAAUCGACGCUAAAGGGGCCUCCCCGGCUCCUCCGUACGCAAAUGGCUACCCACACAGUCACUCUGAGACCGCUGAUCCCCGGAGACACAAAGUAGCGAAGUACAGAGCUAAGUUUGAUCCGCGAGUAACCGCAAAAUAUGACAUUAAAGCCCUCAUUGGUCGGGGAAGCUUCAGUCGUGUGGUAAGAGUGGAGCACAAGGCCUCCAAGCAGCCGUACGCUAUUAAAAUGAUUGAAACGAAAUACCGAGAGGGCAGGGAGGUCUGCGAGUCUGAACUUAGUGUCCUGAGGAGAGUGCGACAUACAAAUAUCAUUCAGCUCAUUGAAGUCUUUGAAACACAGGAAAGAGUCUAUAUGGUCAUGGAACUGGCAACAGGGGGCGAACUUUUUGACCGAAUUAUCGCCAAGGGUUCCUUCACGGAGAGGGACGCCACUCAUGUACUGCAGAUGGUAUUGGAAGGGGUGAAAUAUUUGCACACUCUUGGGAUCACACACAGAGACCUGAAACCAGAAAAUCUGCUGUAUUAUCACCCAGGGACAGACUCCAAAAUUAUGAUCACAGAUUUUGGUCUUGCAAGUGCUCGAAAAAAAGGGGAUGACUGCUUGAUGAAGACUACCUGUGGAACCCCAGAAUACAUUGCCCCGGAAAUUCUCGUAAGGAAACCGUAUACAAACUCUGUGGACAUGUGGGCACUAGGAGUCAUAUCCUAUAUUCUGUUGAGUGGCACUAUGCCGUUUGAGGAUGACAAUAGAACACGUCUGUACCGCCAGAUUUUAAAGGGAAAAUACAGCUACUCUGGUGAGCCAUGGCCUAGUGUUUCAAAUCUGGCAAAAGACUUUAUUGACCGUCUGCUCAUGGUGGAGCCAUCGGAGAGAAUGACUGCGACCCAGGCUCUUAAACAUCCCUGGGUAGUAAGUAUGGCGGCAUCUUCCUCUAUGAAAAAUCUGCACAGGUCCAUCUCUCAAAACCUCCUCAAGCGCGCUUCAUCCCGCUGUCAGAGUACAAAGUCUGCACAGUCUGUUCGUUCCAGUCGAUCCACGAAGUCAACAAAGUCUCGGCGCGUGAGAGAACGAGAAUUGCGAGAACUUAAUCUGCGCUACCAGCAGCACUACUAUGGCUGAGCACAUGGUGCAAAAGUUACAGUGGAAUUUCCAGUGCCUUUUUUUUUUUUUGCCUUUUCCUGAACGUGCUCCAGUAUAUUUCUUCUUGCAUCAGAGCUGUGCAAGAAAAUAUAGUUCACAGGCUGCACCUCUUAACCUGUUACACCUCCGAAACCUCCUGGAAAAUAUGGCCUUCAAAAGUUGGGCGUCUGCAGUAAGUAUUUCGGUACUGUGGCUACCAAGUUCCUGGAGCACUUGCUCUGUCAAGCAUCAUGUAAUGAAUGUUUAAAGGAACAUUUGAGCACCCAGUUGUGAAUUUUUGAAUCGAAGCAUUUCUUCUGGAGCUCUGCCAGUGUCCAAAACCAACAUCAUUUUAGUCCUCCGCAGUAAAUGAAGUUAACACAGCGGAAAAGGGGUGUAGUCUACAUCUGUCAGUUGUACGGUCAGUUUGGUGGAAAGGAAAGAUCUGUCAGUUCUCUCAUAGAAAUUCUAUCAAAUGCUUGACAGGCAUUUUAAAGAAGUAGUCCUAGAUUUCGAUACUGAUGGCUUAUCCUCGGGAUAGGUCCUUCCGUAUCUGAUCGGUGGGGGUAUGACUCCCGGCACCCCUGCCGAUCAGCUGUAUGAAGAGGUGUGGUGUUCCAGUGAGCACAAUGGUCUCUUCCUAGGCUCACUGGUCACCCGGCCUAGACACCGCUCAGUCCUAUUCAUUGGGUAUGCAGUGUAUGGCGCUGUGCUUGGUGUGAUCAGUCAGCAGUGCUCACUGGAGUGCCACCACCUCUUGGAAACAGCUGAUCAUCAGGGGUGCCAGGAGUCAGAUGCCCGCCAAUCAGAUAUUAGUGUCCUCUUGUGAAGAUAAACGAUCAAAAUGUUGGACAACCCCUUUAAUAAAGUCUAUUUUCACAUCAUUUCUGUGCCGUUUGUAAAAUCCGGACCAAAGAGAAAUUUUGUAUAAACUAUGCAAACAAAAAACAAUGCUGCAGACUGCAUACUUUUUAUCCAUUUCUAUAAAACACCACAGAGCUGUUUUACUUGUGUAUUAUACGUUUCAGUUCAUUUUUAUGUUUUUUUUUCUUCCCCAUUUAAUGUGGUCAUGUACAAAAUACUGAACUGUUUUCUGCCAGUUUACCCUUUUUGAUUCAGGAGAUCGUCUAGAUUUGCUGGAACUGGACAACUGAAUUUUUAUUACAGUAUCUGUAACAUUAUUUUGCCACUAUUAUUGACCUGGAAGUUUUGGAUGAGUUGGAUUUAAAGAGGUUUUGGGGAUUUUGAUUACCACAUCACUUUAUGCCUCGUUUACAUUUACGUGCCCAUUUCAUGUCCGUGUUGCAUCUGUGUGUCAUCUGUUUUUGACUGAUGCUGCCCAGCUGAAAAUUAAUUUCCAUAGCAGCUCCUUACCAGCAGUCCGUGAAAAAGGGAUGCAACAUGGAUGCCAUCCGUAUUGUGCCCGUGAUUUUCAAUGGACCUGUUUGGUCCACAUCACGGACCAAUAUAGUGUAUG